CGCAAAUAGUCCACGCAUUCGAUCAGAGACUGCUCGCAGUACUUGUGCACCUCCCAGUGCAACGAUCGCAAAGGGGGUCGAGGGAAUCCCCGGUAAUACUCUCUGCGAGCUAGUUUCGCAUCGGGUUCGUAUCUCCUGUCAUAUUCAUUGAAUUUGUGCGCUCGUAAGUAAUAAGCUAUAUCUUUGAGAGCGUCAACCAACCAUAUGUUUGCGCUUGUAUUGCUGGAGUUUGUUACCGGAGGCGGCGAAGAAUGGGCUUUUUCCGUUGAGUGACUUGUUGAUGAGGAACGAUCGAUUAGGAGGCUUGAUUCGGGGGAUUUCACAAAGCGAUUAAUGUCUUUCUGGGUUUAAUUUGAUUUGUGGAUUUUUACUCAUCGAGAAUAAAACAAAUCAAAACUUGAAAAACCCACUUGCAAAUUUUUUAAUUCUGAUGACAAUUCAGAUUUUAUAUCAAAUAUUUGCACACUUUUCAACAAACCGACCAACUAAUCAAAAGAACCAAUAUUUAUCUUUUGUUGGAAGAGGAUACAGUUUGUGACCUCUACCUGUGGUUACUUUUCAUUUUGUUACUGCAGCAAUCAUGUGUAAGAGUUGAAAUUUAAUUAAUGUCUCGACAAAGUAACCGAAAUUGUUUCGUAGCAAAAUUUUUAGUUUUCUUAGUUUUAAUCCAUUUGUGCUCUUUGGAGAAAACUCUCUAUCGCCAAAAACGCUUCUUGUAUUUUCCAAAUGGAGGCACGUUUAAGUUGGUAUUGGGUUUUGCGACUCCGGUUAAAUUAGGUUUAAAACAGUCCAUGGCCUGGGGAUGGAAUUUUCAAUUUCAAUAUGCCGAACCUCAAACACCUAAUAACACGAGAAUUUAUCCACCAAUAAUCGGUAGAUCAAGAAUAAAACGUGAUGAUAGAAACGACCGUGCUUUAUUUUACUCGGCUAUUGAGGAUAUUUUAAACAGGAACGGUUUCAGCGGACGUGCUUGUCUUUUGCGGAGCAUUUGCGAGAAUGCCCUACACAGCUUGCACCAUGAAGCAAAUGGAUUGUACGGCCAUCUCCUGCACAUAGCCCUAACACCAGACUACGGGAAUGCAAUUUCUGAUCUAGAUCCGGUUUAUUUGGAGGCAAAGAAAGCGGGAGAGUUUGGAGUCGACUGUUCCACUUUGUAUCCCGAAUGUGGAGACUGCGGAUUGCUGGACACGAUUUCGCUCCUCGAGUGAUUUUCUAACGAAGAAAAUUUAUAAAAUUUAAUUUGCUUUGUGUUUAAGACUCCAACAGGUCAAAGAAUAAAAUUUCAUAUUGCAA